UCUCUCCUCAAGCUUCAACCGGGCUCCUCCCCCACGCGGGGCUUCAUUUGAUCAAAUCCUCCAACGUGAGCGGUUUCACCGAAAAUCACUUUCAACAACACAGCAACUGAGUGUAAUCCCACAAGUUCCGAGGAGUUCCGCACCCACAUCUAGUGAGCACCGCAAGAUAAACAAAACCAAAAUAUUUCCCCUACCCCUUCUUUGCUGCUAGCGAUGGAGAGCGGGGCUGGUUUCUGUCCAUUCUGGAACACCGCUCUCUGGAGCUGGCUUCUGAUCUCCACUUCUUUCCUUGUUAUUGCUAAGGCAGAUAUAACUUGCAGAUCAUGUCAGCCCCCGGCAGCCAAACCGCGUUCAGAGGAAUUGCUUUGGCUAAUGAAGACGGACACUGCCGAAAUUGGGACUGGAUUUAAAAGGGAGAUUAUAAAGUACCCUGACGGGACAGCCGGGUCUCAUCUUGAGAUUUACAAAACCCAUGUUCUUGACUGCGUUGCACAAACGUCCGCCUGUGUUUUAGGGAGAGGCAAAAACAUAAGGUCUGUUAGUAGAAAGAGCACAGGGCAACAACACUUUAUUAAACUGACCCGCUAUGGACUACCAAAGAACGAGGAUCACAAUAAAGUGACUGCUGCUGUUGGCGAGAAAGUUUCCAGCCUUAGACAGCCUGAGAAACUCGCCGGCAGUAAACGUUCUUUGCCUGUCAUCAGCAAUAAAGCGAAUGAUAACCAUGGACACCGGUUCAAAAGGAAUAGUCUGACACAGAAGAAACAAGGGCUGAAAUCAAGCACUUUAAAGCAGGACGGAGAAUCAAAGGCUUUGGGAGACAGGAAAGUGCGCAGCGCCUCGCUUGCUGAGCAGAGACUGAGCCGCGCUGAACUGAAAUGGGGCGGCGAUGAAGGGAAAGCGACUGACUCCAGGGAGAAAGAGUUGAAACUUACCAGCACCACCUUCGCACUGACAGGGGAUUCUGCUCAUAACCAAGCCAUGGUGCACUGGUCAGGACACAACAGCAGUGUGAUUCUCAUCCUUACGAAGCUGUUUGACUUCAACCUGGGAAGUGUCACAGAGAGCUCUUUGUGGAGGUCAACUGACUAUGGAACCACUUAUGAAAAACUUAAUGACAAAGUGGGACUGAAGACCAUUUUGAGCUACUUGUAUGUCAGCCCUAACAACAAGAGAAAGAUAAUGCUGCUGACUGACCCGGAGAUCGAAAGCAGCUUGCUCAUCAGCUCGGAUGAAGGGGCCACCUAUCAGAAGUAUCGACUGAGCUUCUACAUUCUGAGCCUACUGUUUCAUCCCAAGCAAGAAGACUGGAUCCUGGCUUACAGCCACGACCUAAAGUUGUACAGCUCUGUGGAAUUUGGGAGGAGAUGGCGGCUGGUCCAUGAGAGAGUAGCCCCAAACAGAUUCUUCUGGUCUGUAUUGGAUUUAGAUAAGGAGCCUGAUCUCAUUCACCUGGAGACAAGUGUUGCAGAAGGACACGCUCAAUAUAUCACCUGCAAGCUUCAAAACUGUACCGAGGCCAACAAAGGCAGGCCAUUUCCAGGCUAUAUUGACCCCAAUUCCCUGGUUGUUCAGGAUGAGUAUGUGUUUGUUCAGGUGACUACUGGAGGUAGGCCAGUUUAUUAUGUAUCUUAUAGGAGAGAAGGCUUUUCACAGAUGAAGCUACCAAAGUACACUUUGCCAAAGGACAUGCAUGUUAUCAGUGCGGAUGAGAACCGUGUGGUAGCCGCUGUACAGGAGUGGAAUCAGAAUAAUACCUAUAACCUGUAUGUGUCAGAGGCUCGAGGUGUCUUCUUCACUCUGGCCCUGGAGAGUGUGGUGAUCAGCAGAGAAGCUGAGGGGAACGUCAUGAUUGACCUCUAUGAGGUAGCAGGGAUAAACGGAAUGUUCUUGGCGAACAAGAAGCUUGAGAAGCAAGUGAAGACCUACAUCACAUACAAUAAAGGAAGGGACUGGCGUUUGCUGCAGGCUCCUGUCACAGACGCGAGGGGGAAUGACAUCAGCUGUCUGCUGCCAUACUGCUCCCUGCACCUGCACUUACAGGUAUCUGACAAUCCCUAUGCUUCAGGAAAUAUUGCCAGCAAAGAAUCAGCACCCGGAAUUAUAGUGGCUUCAGGUUCCAUAGGUUCUGAGCUGUCACACAGUAAUGUGAGCAUGUUUAUGACUUCCGAUGCUGGAAACACCUGGAGACAGAUUUUUCAGGAGGAGUACAGUGUUCUUUACCUGGAUCAGGGUGGUGCUCUUGUAGCUAUUAAACACACACCUUUGCCCAUACGCCAUCUUUGGUUGAGUUUCGAUGAAGGCAGGGCAUGGAAUAAGUACAGUUUCACAUCAGUCCCUCUGUUUGUGGACGGGGUGCUGGGAGAACCAGGAGAUGAAACUUUAAUAAUGACAAUAUUUGGACAUGUCAGCCAUCGAUCUGAGUGGCAGCUUGUCAAAAUUGACUUUCGAUCCAUCUUUAAUAGAAGGUGCACAGAGGAGGAGUAUCAGACCUGGCAUCUACACAACCAGGGUGAUCCAUGUAUCAUGGGAAUGAAAAGAAUUUACAGGAAACUGAAACCAACCGCCCGUUGUGUGAUAGGAAGAGACACAUCUUUUACAAUGACAUCUGAACCCUGCCUCUGCACUGAGGCUGACUUUGAGUGUGAUUAUGGGUAUGAGCGGCAUGGUGAUGGGAAGUGUUUGCCAGCCUUCUGGUUCAAUCCAUCCUCAAUGUCAAGAAGCUGCAGCACUGGAAACAGUUUUCUCAACAGCACUGGGUACCGGAAGGUGGUGUCCAAUAACUGCACUGCAGGAGUGAAGGAGAUCUACACAGCCAGGAAGCAGCAAUGCCCUCGUCGCGCUCCCCGGGGCCUCCAUGUUGUCACCAGCGAUGGCACGCUGACAGCCACAACAGGGAACAACGUUACCUUCCUCAUCUUUCUGGAAGAGGGAGACGGGUCUCGAACGAGUAUUACGUUGGAUUUUGGAGACGGCAAUGCUGUGUCCUACUCCAACGUGAGUUCCAUUGAGGAUGGAAUCAAACACGUUUACAAAAAUGUGGGCAUUUUUAAAGUGACUGCUAUUGGAGAAAACAGCCUAGGAUCAGACAGUGCUGUCCUCUACCUGCAUGUAACAUGUCAUCUGGAUCGCGUCCACCUCUCUGCCCCUUUUGUAGCUGUAAAGAAUAAAGAGAUCAAUCUAACAGCGGUCUUGUGGCCAAAUCAAGUGGGCACUGUCACAUACAUCUGGUGGUUCGGGAAUAACACUGAGCCAGUAAUAACCCUGGAGGCAAGCGUCUCCUUUACAUUCAUGAGGGAAGGAAUAAACACUGUGACAGUGCAAGUCUCUGCUCGGAAUGAAAUACUGCAAGACAAAAAGACCAUCGCAGUGCAUGAGCACUUCAGGUCUCAACUGCUGGCAUUUUCUUCUAAUCUGGAUGAAUACAACCCUGAUGUUGCUGAAUGGAGGCAGGAUGUCAGCAAGGUCGUCAAGAAUUCAUUGGUCCAAGCUACAGGUAUAGCAGAGGAGCAGCUCCUCGUGACGGUCCUGCCAGGUCUUCCAACGGCUGCAGAAUUCUUCCUUUUACCAGACAAAGAGUUAACCGAGGGGAGAGCAGAGAGGAAUACAGCACACCUAGACCAGCUUUCAGAGAUUCUGCUCAGCGCCCUCAACCAAAACGUAGUGCAGUUCACUCUGCGGGCAGGUGUUCAAGUCUCUGUGUACGCUGCUCAUUUAUCAGCAGCUCCUCUUGUGGACUCCACUGAAGGGCACAGCGGCUCAGCCAUGCUGAUGUUGCUAUCAGUUGUAUUUGUGGGACUAGCUGUCUUUAUCAUUUACAAGUUUAAAAGGAAGAUCCCAGGCAUCAAUGUCUAUGCGCAGAUGCAGAACGAAAAAGAACAGGAAAUGAUUAGUCCAGUGAGUCCCAUUGACAGCACUCCAAAUAACCUGCAAAGGGAAUUGGUGACUUCAUUGGAGCUACUGGACAAGGAAUUAGACACACGGGCAACAGGAUGCAUUCCAUCACAUUCUGACAGGAUCUCACAGGAUAUCCCCAUAUACGUUAACGUUUGAACUCUGGGACCCACAGUAUAAAUACAGCAGCAUUGUGGACCUUUUAAACCGUUCAGACACAAAAGGUUUGAAGCUUUAAACCUGUGCAUGUGGACAUCGCUGACACACACUGUGCUCUGUGGAUAUUUGAAGAUACUAUGUACAGGUUUUUGUAUGUCUCUAUAAAAUUGCCAAUUUUUUGAUGAUAUUUAUUUAUACAAGUACAGUACAUACUUCCUAUGAACAACCAACAAAGCCUGCAUGCACAAGAAAACCUUUUGGUUUGCUAAUGUGGCUUUUCUGUUUAUUUUGCUCUAUUUCAAUGCUAACAGGAGCGAUAUGCUAUCUAUUCAUUAAACAAUGUAUAUCUAUCUAUAUAUAUAUAUAUAUAUAGAAGGGGGAGACAGUGUUUUUUUUUUUUUUUAAACAGCAAAUCUAUUUUUUGUAAAUGAUUAACAAAUGUUUGUGGGAAAAUAUCAUUUUAAAAUGAUAUUUAAUCUACCCAAAAGACAGCUACCGUGGAAUGAGACUGGAGUUCAGACACAGCUUUCAUAAUUACAACAAGAAAAAAAGGUUCUGUGGGAGUCCUUUGGGGAAUCUUUACAGUGCGGUGCUACUUUUAAAUCCUGGCUGUGAAACAUAUGUGAUGGCAAUGUGACUAGUUUUGAGAUCUCGGCCGCAUUUGUUUAAGGGUUUGUUGCUCUUUGCAAUAUGUAAAAUCUGAAACUCUAGGUGCCAGCACUGUAAAAGUCAUCUUAUAAUACAGAACUACAGUAGGAGCAGUGGAAAGUCUCUUUAUGUUCUUCUAUAGGGGCUGGUGUUGGUUAUAGGGAUGGAGAACCACCAUGGAAAAAACACCACCCCAGCUCCUCCGUUUCAUCUUUUGAAUCACAAAUUCUAUUGAGCGAAUGUCUAAAAUAGUUUCUUUUGUGCCUGUUUGAAUCAAAACGCUGGCAUGUUAAUUGACAACAAAAUACAACAUGUGAGUUCAUAUAUUUUACCAGAUUAAAAUCUAUUAUCCGGUUAAAAGGUUAUACAAAAAGAAAAUGGUUAUAUCUUUCCUAAACAUUUUGCCAGAUGACAAAGUAUUCCAUUUAUUAUAACAUUGCUUUUUCUUUUAAAAGAGAAAAGCUGUGUUCUUUAAUAGAAAGCAUUAACCUCCUGAAUGGAAAGGGCAGUUUCAAUAUCUGAAAAUAUAGUUGUUUCUUUCCAUGCUGGCUCGGAGGCUAUUUUGGCCCUGCUAUAAACCUCACUUGAUAUUUGUAUAUGUUAUUGUAUAAUGCCAACCAUUCAACACGAAAGGACACCAUGACGCAUGGCCAGUCUGUAACAGAACAUUUUACUUAUUAAACACAGUUGUUAACCCUUGCACAACCCACUGCUGUCAGGGUUACCCAGACUACACAAUGAAUUUACUAAUUCAGCCUUGAGCACUGAAUUAUACUUUUAUACUUAUAUUAACCUUCACCAAUCCCCAAGGUAAAAUGAUGUUGUAUUUGCCCUUCCAAAAGUGGUAAAAUUACAGAUAAUACUUAUAUUUUGGACUCAUGGCAAUUCAACGAUCAAACAGAGAUACACAGCUUCAGUUGAAAAAACAAAACUAUUUAGGAAAAAAAAAGUGCAGCUAGAAAGUUUGGCUUGAAAAUAUAAUAAUUCCUAAAAUACAAGGUAGACAGGUAUCGAGACACAAAAUACAAGCAUACCCCAAGGAGCCAGAGGGAGGACGGGGACUAAUUCAGAGCUACUUAUGUUUUACUAGAGUAAAUGCUUUUACAUGUAGAAGUUGACGUACAAUGUAUUUUGUUGUUGCUGUUUGUGGUUUAAUUUCUUGAUUCCUGUUUACCUGGUAUCCCCAAAAGACGCUGUUUUUGCUUCGCUUUCACUGCAGUGUAACAUUUCUUUUUUUUU